GCCCUGAAAGUUCAGGCUCGAAGGGGCAGAGAAACAGUUGCUGUAGCGCAAGUUCUUAUCGUCCCGUGGCGUAGCGAUUGGUGAAAGUUGGUGCUUUGAAGCGAGGAAGACCUUGGAAUCCUCAGCUGUAAAUUGCGAUAGUGUUUCCCUCGCAGAACCGUGUAGCUCGUGGAAGGUUCUUGAUCGUCCACCAUGGGUGAACCACAGCAAGUGAGCGCACUCCCUCCACCUCCAAUGCAGUACAUCAAGGAGUAUACAGAUGAAAAUAUUCAGGAGGGCUUAGCCCCUAAGCCUCCCCCUCCAAUUAAAGACAGCUACAUGAUGUUUGGCAACCAGUUCCAAUGUGAUGAUCUUAUCAUCCGCCCUUUGGAAAGUCAGGGAAUUGAACGGCUUCAUCCUAUGCAGUUUGAUCAUAAGAAAGAACUGAGAAAACUCAAUAUGUCUAUCCUUAUUAAUUUCUUGGACCUUUUAGAUAUCUUGAUAAGGAGCCCUGGGAGUAUAAAACGAGAAGAAAAACUAGAAGAUCUUAAGCUGCUCUUUGUGCAUGUGCAUCACCUGAUCAAUGAAUACCGGCCCCACCAAGCACGAGAGACCUUGAGAGUCAUGAUGGAGGUCCAGAAGCGCCAGCGGCUCGAGACAGCAGAGAGGUUUCAGAAGCACCUAGAACGAGUGAUUGAGAUGAUUCAGAAUUGCCUGGCUUCUUUGCCUGAUGAUUUGCCCCACUCAGAAGCAGGGAUGAAAUUAAAAACUGAAUCAAUGGAUGCUGAUGACAGCAACAACUGUCCUGGACAGAGUGAACAGCAAAGAGAAACUUCAGGCCACAGGAGGGACCAGAUUAUAGAGAAAGAUGCUGCCUUAUGUGUCCUUAUUGAUGAAAUGAAUGAAAGACCUUGAAGGGCUUUCUGUUCUUGUUUCAUUUUGGUACAUAGUGUUGUAAAUUAGUUUA